GGAAACCAAUCUAUGCACCAAAAUGUCUAAAUCUGGAACCAAGAUCACUUUCUAUGAAGACAAGCAUUUCCAAGGCCGCCACUAUGACUGCGACUGCGACUGUGCGGAUUUCCACAUGUACCUGAGUCGCUGUAACUCCAUUCGAGUGGAAGGAGGUACCUGGGCGGUGUACGAAAGGCCCAACUUCGCUGGCUACAUGUACAUCCUACCUCGGGGCGAGUACCCUGAGUACCAGCACUGGAUGGGCCUCAACGACCGCCUCAGCUCCUGCCGAGCUGUUCACCUGUCUAGUGGAGGCCAAUAUAAGAUUCAGAUCUUUGAGAAGGGAGAUUUUAAUGGUCAAAUGUACGAAACCACCGAAGAUUGCCCUUCCAUCAUGGAGCAGUUUCACAUGCGAGAGGUCCACUCCAGUAAGGUGCUGGAUGGUGUCUGGAUUUUCUACGAGCUACCCAACUACCGUGGCAGGCAGUACCUCCUGGACAAGAAGGAGUACCGGAAGCCCAUUGAUUGGGGUGCAGCUUCCCCAGCUGUGCAGUCUUUCCGCCGCAUUGUGGAGUAAUGAUUUGGAUGGGGCCAUGGGCUUCUCCCUGGGGGCCACAUGCUGGCUGGCCUUGUCAUACAAAUAGGCAUCAUAAAUAAAACAAUUGGCAUACA